CGAUGUGACGUAGUGUUGGAGGCGUUGGCCGGUCUGUGUCUGUUGAGGAGAACUUGAGACGGAGAAGACGUCCUUUGAAACCGGAUUUGACCAAGUCCCUACUUUGACUUGUUGUUUUUAUUUGUAUUACCACUAAGUCAUUUGCCUGAACUUGUCGAAAUGAUCAAAAACGGUCACCACGCCACCAACGACCAGCGGGAUGACGAUGGUUGCAGUAAGCCGGGUGGUUCAGUGUGCAGCCCGGAGAAAAGGAAGCGCGUUGUCCGGUUGUGGUGUGACGGCUGUUAUGACAUGGUGCACUACGGUCACUCCAACCAGCUGCGGCAGGCCAAAAACAUGGGAGAUUACCUCACAGUCGGAGUGCAUACAGAUGCUGAGAUUUCCAAGCACAAGGGUCCUCCGGUCUUCACUCAGGAAGAACGCUACAAGAUGGUACGGGCCAUCAAGUGGGUGGAUGAGAUAGUAGAGGGAGCACCUUACGUCACCACCCUGGAGACUCUGGACAAGUACAACUGUGACUUCUGUGUGCACGGAGAUGACAUCACGCUGACGGUAGACGGUAAGGACACAUAUGAAGAGGUGAAGCAUGCAGGCCGUUACCGGGAAUGUAAACGCACACAGGGUGUCUCCACCACUGACCUGGUGGGACGAAUGCUUCUCAUGACCAAAGCCCAUCACAGCAACAUGGACAACCCAGAUUACCAGCAGCAUACAGACAAUUUUGGGAAAGGUCCUAAAGGCCACAGUCCAUGGACAGGAGUGUCUCAGUUCCUCCAGACGUCCCAGAAGAUCAUCCAGUUUGCCUCAGGAAAGGAGCCUCAGCCUGAAGACACCAUCAUCUAUGUGGCCGGGGCAUUCGACCUCUUCCACAUCGGUCAUGUUGACUUUUUAGAGAUGGUCUAUAAGCAGGCGGAGAGGCCCUACGUCAUUGUCGGUUUGCACUUUGACCAGGAAGUGAAUCGGUACAAGGGGAAGAACUAUCCAAUCAUGAACAUCCAUGAAAGGACGCUGAGUGUACUAGCCUGUCGAUAUGUGUCAGAGGUGGUGAUUGGUGCACCCUAUGCAGUGGGCAAAGACCUGCUGGAUCAUUUUAGGGUGGACCUGGUGUGUCAUGGCAAGACGGAGGUGUUUCCAGACAAGGAUGGGUCAGACCCCUACGCUGAGCCUAAGAAGAGGGGAGUAUUCAGGACCAUCGAUAGUGGGAACAAUCUCACCACUGAUGACAUUGUCCAGAGGAUCAUCAAAAACAGGCUGCAGUUUGAAGCCAGGAACCAAAAGAAGGAGGCCAAGGAGAUGGCGGUGAUCGAGGCGAUGAAGAAGAGAGAGCAGCAGGAUCAGAGUGAAGCUGCAGCCCAGGCUGCUCACUAGUGAGACCUCAGACCUGGUUGUGUGUCUGAUUUACUCAUCCUGGUACACUCAGCUUUAAGAGGGUGGACUCAACGGACACAGGCGGACGGUCCAUGUUGUCCUAAACUGGGCCUGGCUGGGUGAAACGACGCGGGAGGGGGGGCCAGUCGGUCUCAGCUAGUCCACUGUUGUUAGCUUCUCUCUGUCUCAUCUAUACAGACUAUUCCAGCCUAAUGGGAUUAGAAUAGAUCUGCCUUGGCAAGAACACAAAGAAUCCAAACACAUACUGCUAUUUAACCUGCAAAGUCCCUUUUAAACCUGUCGUCCUCCACACAGAACUUUUAUCAGAACAGUUAUCUUUUGUCAUGUAUUGCUUUUGUCCAUGAAAUCACACACUACGUGCUCCUGUAUGUGUCAAAGUGGUAUGUUAAGUUUGUAAUUAUCCAUAACUUAUUGACAAAAUUUUAACGUCAUUGUCAGUUCUGUUUUUAGAUUUUAAACCAUAUUAGUUUUUAAUGAUCAGUCUUAGAAGUGUCAUCAGUAAACUUGAAUGUGAUCUAUUUUUAAUACACUUAGAAAAUGUAGAUUUAUUUUAAUCUCUGAAAGUCACUAUGUUUUUAUCCAUCCUGAAAAAAACAUUAUUACUAGGUUAAAUGAUCUGUGAAGUAGUCUUUUGGUUUUAACUACCUGAAUUUGCACCGAGUGAGUGUCUGUGUGUGAGAGAGAAAGAGAGUGAGUUUAGUGAGUGUUUGUGCGCCUGUUAAUGACAGUAGUGCCUCAUUCCUAAAGGUAUAACUAAUGUAAGGGCUGUGACUAUCACAAAAUUCUAAACUAAAGCUGUCUGUAAAGUUGUCCUUUCCUCAGUCUACUUCCAAGAAAUGAAUGUCAUCUUUUCUCCUUCUUUUCAAGACAAUCCAAGAACCCAAUAUCACUGUCAAGCUGCAAACAUUUGUAGAUUAAGAUAAGAUAAGAUAAACUUUAUUGAUCCCACACUGGAGAAAUUCACUUGUUACAACAGCUCAAGAGUCAAAAAUAGAGGAAAAGAGUGAUUGAGUAAUAAAUAAAAAUAUUAAUAAAUAAUAAAAAUAAAAGCUAGAUUGUUGAAGGUUACUUCUGUUGCUUUUCCUGUUAUGGGGCAUAUUACCUGGAGGUGAAGUGUUAAUGGUGCAAGACUGUGUGUGUUUUUAAAGUGAGUCUCUGGGUUGGAAGGUGGGAUGGUGAAAGGCUGAGAAAUAAAUACAUUUCUAAAUAUUAAAUGGUGGGGAUUUUCACAACCUUUCAAUCAUUAUAUUGCAAUGUGUACAUUUCCCUUUUAAUAAAUAAAUAGGUAAUGUGGCAGUGUCA